AACGUCAAUAAAUUCGAGUUCCAUAUUGGACAUAAAAUAUGAAAUGAUAAUUAUAAUAUAAAAUUAUUGAUUAUUAUAAAGUGCGACACGCGCUGUGAUAGCCUUGCCAUGAUUGGUUUACUCUAGUGUUAGCUUUCAUACUUAAUUAAUAUAGUCAUAGUAUAAAUAUGUUUUAAAUUUCGGUGUUAGGAUUUUAUAGAGAUAAGAAUAUUAUUAAAAUACAAAUAAAAUGUCGGAAGUAAAUAAUGUCAAAGACGUCUCAGUGAAAAGACAGGACCCUACAUCUUUUUUGCCAGAGGAGGCAAUGUCUUAUGAAUUGAAACCAAAAAAGAAAAAGAAAAAAAAGAAACAUAAUCAGGAAGAUCCAUUUAAAGAUUUAGGGGACGUAUCUAAUUUACCAACAGAAAUUACCCUUGACCCUGAGGUUAAUAUUAAAGUUGAGAAUAUAGAAGUCGAGUUGGAUUUUAAUGAUUUUACCAAUGACAAUGGACUUAUGGUUGAAGGUAUUCAAAGUGAAGAUAGUCAGGAACCAGUGGUAAAAUUGGAGCAACAGAACCGUGAAGCUGUAAUUCUAACAUUUGAGAGUGUUGUCAGUGAUAAAUCAGUGUUUAAUUAUAACCAACCAAGUGAUACAAACAUCGUAGGUCCGAAACACAUAUGUAAAGUAUGUCAUCUUGUGUUUCAAUCUAUAAGAACAUUAAAAAUGCACCAAAAGAGAAAGCACAAAGUAUUCAGACGUUUAUUUGAACAUGUAUGCGAGAAUUGUGGUAUGUCUUAUGACCAGAAAAGUAGUCUGAUUGCGCAUAUAAGGAGGAAACAUGGACCGGAUUCAUUACCUGAUGACAGAGAAGAAAGAACUUGUGACAUUUGUGCACUGGUCUUCAAAGGUAUGACGAGAUUACGUAUGCAUAUGCGAAGAAAGCAUGGAUCUUUCCAAGAUUCAUUCCAAUACGCGUGUAAAGAUUGUGGACUUACAUAUGACAAAUAUAGGAGUUUAAUUGUACAUAUCCGGAGAAAGCAUAAUGAGGAUAACCAACCCGUACCUGAGCAGUGGUAUAAUUGUCCAUUUUGUCCUAAAGCGUUUACUAAACGUGAAACAUACGCAAGGCAUGUACAAAGAAAACAUCAAGAAGAUGAAGACAUGGAUAAUAAUGAUAGGAUUUUAUUAAAAAAUUCCACAAAUGAACAAACCGGUGAAGUUUCUUGUAAAGAGUGCCCUCUAGUGUUUUCCUCGUUAAAUUACCUUAAAUUACAUAUGAGAAGAAAACAUAAUGCUUUAAAAGAUAAUUUCAGACUCAAAUGUAAAUUUUGUAAUCUAUCGUACGAUAAAAUAGAAAGCUUAAAGCGUCAUAUUCGAAGGAAACAUGAUAAGGGAUCGUAUUGUGAAGUGUGCAAUAAACAGUUUGAUACUAGAGAAUUGUAUUUAAACCAUACUCAUAUUAAAAUGAUAAGGGAAUGCUCAAUUUGUGGUUUAAUAUUCGCCUCUAAGGCUGGCUUGGGCAAACAUUUACGAUGUACCCACAAAAUUGAUUCACCGAAAAUAAUAUUCUGUCAUAUAUGCAAUGAAGGAUUCCAUGACAAAAGGCAAUUGAAGCCACAUUUAAUGAAAGUGCAUUUAAAAGUGUCAUAUACAUGUAUACAUUGCAGUAAAAUAUUUAAAUGCAAAGAAAGUUAUAGACGUCAUAUAUUAUUUAAACAUCCAGUUAAAAAUAUUAAUCAUAAUCAGUUGCAAAAAUGUGAAAAUUGUCCGGAAACAUUUACAGAUGAACUUGAAUUGUCAAAACAUGUAAACAUAUUCCACGGGCAAGAAUCAAAUAUGAAUGAAAUUGUUGUAAAAAAAGAGGAAGUUGAUAUAAAAGAAUCAUUUCAAUGCUCAAAAUGUUCAGAAUCAUUUUUAACUUGGGAAUUACUAAGGUUACAUUUCACACAAAAUCAUCACGUAGUCAAAGACACUCAGUGUCAAGUUUGCGGUCAAAUAGUCAAAGAUAACGAACUUCAAAAGCAUAUAAAAAGCAAUCAUACAGAAGUAACAAUAUUGGAAUGUAAAUAUUGUGAAUUUAAAACAAAAUCAAGAGGAAGUUUAACACAACAUUUAUUAAGACAUAAAAAUGCUACUACGCUGAAUUGUGAAAUGGAAGGUUGUAGAUAUAAAACAUUCUACGAAGUAGCUAUGAUGAAACACAAACAGAAACAUAACGAACAAGGUGUGAAAUUACAAUGUUCCAAAUGUUCGUUUCAAACUAUGAAUAAAUAUAUAUUAAAAUAUCAUGAAGAUGCACAUUUGACUGGUAAAAAGAAAUAUGCUUGUGAUAAAUGUGAUUACGCAACAAUAUUACCAGCAAAUUUGGUACAGCACAAAUAUAAACAUUCAACGGAGAAGAAGUUCAAAUGUGAGGUAUGUCCGUUUGCAACAAAAUAUAAUACAUCGUUACGAUUUCAUGUUAAAAAGAAACAUUGUGAUCUCCCAUCUUUCAGUUAA